UAGCUUUUCCCCUUGGCAUUUAGCGGCACAGAACGCGACGGCACAGCGGUGAGCCGCCGAGUUGGACCCGGGAAUCCGAUCCGGUUCGAUUCGUUGACCCCAUAUAUAUAAACGCAUAAGUCGGAUUUUUUUCUUCUUUUUGCAUCUGCUUGACCCGAUUGUUCUGCGGUGAGAUCAAUCUUGAGAAGGUUGAUAGUGAGAAGUCAACAAUGGGAUUGUUCACCUACACAGUAGCCGGCGGCGGUUUGAUUCUGAUCGGAGCGUGGGAAUCACUCAUCUCCUCCUCCGAAUAUCUGAAAAAUAACCCUUCAUCGUUUUCACCAUUGCAAUUGCCGGCCGAAUCACAAAGUAUUAACAGAACCCCCAAGGCACCGUCAUUUUCGUCGACGGUAACGUUUCUGUUGAUCUCCGUUCUCUCCUUCCUUUCCAUUCUGAAUUCUUUCGUCUCUAUGUCGGACGCCGUUAACUCCAAAGAUAAUACGGGUUUCGCCUUACAGUUGGAGGUAAUCACAAUUGCGUUUCUAUUUCUCCUCUAUGCUGUUUUAGGCAUUUUGGCAAACAUCAAAGAAUCUUUUCGGUUUCCUCUAACGAUGCUCAAUGUGAUCUAUGCGUUUGCUUUCGGAGAGGAAUUCUUGUUGUUUUACACGCAAAAUAAGGAUCCGAGUGGUAUUGAGAAUCGUUACUAUAAUCUUAUUUUAAUCCCCAUUGCAAUAUGUCUAUUUUCCACUCUUCUCGAAUUAAAGAGCUCAAAAUCAACUUAUCCAAGGUUGGGCCGUGGAAUUGGGUUAGUUUUCCAGGGACUGUGGAUUCUGCAAAUGGGUUUUUCAUUUUACUCGAAUUUGAUUGUGGAUGGGUGUGCUUUGCAUGAAAGGAGCAGGGGCAAUUAUACCAUUAAGUGCAAAGGGCAUCCUGAGUAUCAUCGCGGGCGUGCCAUUGCGACACUACAGUUUAACUGUCAUUUGGCUCUUCUUGUUACUUUGGUUGUUGGGUUGUACUCGGUCUUCUGUAAGAAGAAUGGGAUCAACCGGGACUUUAUGCGGUAUAAGCCCCUAGGAGGCGAAUAUGGAGGGGAAAUGCAUUUGAAUAACCAAUCGCAGUUCACUUUGGACAGCGAUGAUGAUGAUGGUGAUAAUGGGAUUAAAGAGGCGAAGAGUGUGGAAAUGCAGAGGGCUAUUGUGGUGGUUCCUGAGUCCACAGUUAAUGGUUAUGGUUCUCAUCCAUGAGGUAAAUUAGAAAACUAUUUCUGUAGUGAGGAGGUUUACUUAAUUCUUUUAUUAUGUAGAGAAGGUUGUAUAAUUGGGUUUUGGUUUUACAUGUAAAAGAGCUUAGAGAAACUUUUUGUUGCAGCAUUAACUUUGCUGGAAUAUGUACCAUCACAUUAGUGUCUACGAUUGUUGUUGACAUGUUGGAUAUGGUAUCCGUCUUUUGUCACUCUUGUUGGCGAACUUUGAAUUUUCUGUUUAGGAGUGAUUAGAUUUCUGUAUCACCUCUCCAAAUUUGAUGCUUUUUGUAACUGUAUUCUUGCUUAUUUUCGGUGCUAUAAACAGUAGUUUCUAA